GUAAACUUUCAAACUUCUUUAGAACACUCUCUUUCACGAACAAAUUAUUCGUGCAUUAGCAUUCUAUUUGACCUCUCAAGGAAAUCAUUUGUACUCAAAAUUUAAAAAUACGCAACAUGUCUAAAAACCGCUGUUUAGAACCAAUGAACCUUCAUUGUUCCUCGAAGCUGCCACAUCUGAGGGCAAGUGUGACUCCAUACUGCCCGAAGCCGACUCUGACGCGGUCAGAUUCUCCCAAGCUGGAGAACGACAAGCGCAAUGGUCUAGAUAUGCAGCUGCCCGAGGAAGAGUACGAUAUAACCGUGAAGCGGGUUCGAUGGGCUCCAACAUACGGAGAUAGAAGCUCGAGUGAGUUGACAGACAGACCUGCCACAUAUAUCACUCCACGAAGCACCAAACAGAUUCAAUUCGAUACGGACACACCCGACGAGGUGCGACUGGCCCAUGAGCUGCGUCUGGCGGUUCAUCGCGGUGGUGGCUCCGUUGAUCCCGAGCGAAAUUCCGAGCUGAGAGCUCGCCUGUCGCCCAUGCAGCUGCCCUACAGCCGGGUGCAGCGCAUUCUGCGAGAGUGCGAGCUGUACGAGCGGAACCAGACCACCUACAUCCUGCCCAUAGACUAUGGCCGCCAGACUGUGGGACUGAUUUGCAAAGCCCGGACCGAUAACCUAAGUGACCUGAAGCUUCGCUUGUUAGUCAUACUGAAGCAGCAUAGGGCUCGCUUUAUCAAUCGCCAUUUGUUCAAGGAAGCUGGCUUCAUAGAGGCCGUUCUUCCGAACAAGGUGCUAUUGAGCUUCGAGGAUUUCAAUCAGACUCUACAAACAGACGCCUUGUGGUGCAAGGCAACCAGUGUUACCAUAAAGAACUACGCAAAGGGCGCCGUCACCUUUCAGUGCCAGCCACUGGACCUGCGCGAGGUGAAGGCCAAACUAAGGGAUUGCGGCUACAAGAUCACUCACUCCGAGCUGGGGCACAGUCCGAAAAAGGCGCUUGUUCAGCUCCCCGAGCGCCAAAUGAAGCGCUACAAGGAGUUUCUCGAACAGCUUAAGCAGGACCACGAUGUAGUAAGAGUCUAUGACAAUGUGCGUGUUUAGUACAGACUAGAGUCGAGAAUAGCUAGAAUUGGCGAUUGAAAAUUAGUACCCGUAAUUAAAUUAAAAGUAUUCGGCUAA